AAAAUCUCCAAUAAAUUCCAUAACUCAAAAACUCUCCCAUCAAUGGCGGCCACCCAACAAAAAAAGACUAGUAAUCUUCCUCUCGUUAAAAACAAUCCAUUCCUUCUCACUCUGACUUAGUCCUUUUGACACUAUCCUACAGGAAAAAUAAACUACAGCUUUUACCAAUCUUCUUUUGAUCUUUUCUUCUGAUUUCACACACACACACAGAGAUAUACAUAUAUAUAUAUAAAGUUUAAAACAAUAGCGAAAACCUCCAUUAAACCAUCUCUCUCUUCUCUUUUUACAUGGUUCCUUUCCAACUUUUAUCAAACACCCCAUCUUCUUUUCUUUCUUUCUUUUCUCCAUGCUCUGUGGAAGAUAGGAACUUUUACAUUAGAAUAAGCUUGAGGAUCCAUUAUUAAACUUUGGGUUUUUGUCUUUUGUGGAAAAAUGGGCGGUAAAUGGAGAAAAGCAAAGUUGGCUUUAGGCUUGAACCUUUGUGCUUAUUUACCUAGAACUUUAGAUGAUGAUGAUGAUGGUGAAAGAUUAUCUGAUGCUGCUUUGUUACCUCCUUCAAACUGGGAAAACAUGGUUUCUUCCUCUCAUGGUUUAAGGUUGUCUAAAAGUAAAAGCAAAUCAUCACCUAAGCAAACAUGUUCAAUAUGUUUGAUGAAGAUGGAGCAAGGAGGUGGCCAUGCUAUAUUCAUUGCAGAAUGCUCACAUUCUUUCCACUUCCAUUGCAUUGCUUCGAAUGUGAAGUACGGCGAUCGAAUCUAUCCGGUUUGUCGAUUGAAAUGGAAAGAAAUCCCGAUUUGGAGCCCCGGUUUAGAUCCUCUCCCUAGCAGGGCAUCAAUGGAUACUGUUGGUUGGUCAGGACAUGAUGCUUUGAUGGAUGUAGUCGACCGGUUGCCUACAACUCAUUGGGAUGAAAACCGGCAGCAUGCUGUACCGGUCUUUCGAUGUGCAGAGCCAGGUGUUUUCAAUGACGAUGAAUCCUUGGACCACCUACAUGUGAUUGCUGAAAGUAAGAAUUACACAGAUGACACAUCUGUUACAACAAUGAAGAUCGAAACAUAUCCAGAGGUCUCAACCACACCAAGGUCUCGUACUUACGAUGAUUUCACCGUUCUGGUUCACCUUAAGGCUGCUGCAGCGAUUGCAACUCGAAAUCCUAGUCCGAGCAUACAUUAUGCUAGCUUGCUGCAAUCUCGAAAUCAUCGUGCUCCGGUUGAUCUAGUCACGGUACUUGAUAUUAGCGCUAGCAUGUCUGGCACCAAACUUGCUUUACUAAAACGAGCAAUGGGAUUUGUGAUACAAAACCUUGGCUCCAAUGAUAGACUUUCGGUCAUUGCAUUCUCUUCAACUGCACGUCGUCUCUUUCCCCUUCGUCGAAUGUCCGAUUUAGGGCGGCAGCAGGCACUUCAAGCUGUUAAUUCUUUGGUUGCUCAUGGUGGUACCAACAUAGCCGAAGGUCUACGAAAGGGUGAAAAGGUAAUGGAAGAUCGAACCGAAAAGAAUCCGGUCACUAGCAUUAUACUUUUGUCCGAUGGGCAGGAUACUUAUACCGUCUAUGGCACGGGCAUGAACAAGUCUCAACAGAACUAUGAGUUGCUUGUGCCCCCGUCUAUGCACAGUGGUGACAACACGGGAUUUCAUAUUCCAGUCCAUGCUUUUGGUUUUGGUGCAGAUCAUGAUGCUUCAUUGAUGCAUUCGAUUUCAGAUAUAUCUGGAGGGACGUUUUCCUUUAUCGAAACCGAAAUUAUGAUCCAGGAUGCAUUUGCACAAUGCAUCGGCGGUCUUUUAAGCGUUGUGGUUCAAGAACUGCAAGUGUGUGUGGAGUGCAUGAAUCCGAGUCUCUGCCUUGGCUCGCUUAAAGCCGGAAGUUAUCCAAGCAAUCUGUCAGCUGAUGGGAAAACCGGAUAUAUCGAUGUCGGGGAUCUCUAUGCUGACGAAGAGAGGGAUUUCUUGGUAUCAGUUAAAGUACCAGCCGAGUCCGCUGCAUGUGAAACAUCAUUGCUAAAGGUGAAAUGUGUUUACAGGGAUCUCUUGACAAAAGGAAUGACGACUUCAGAGAGCGAUAUUAUUUGGAUUCAAAGACCUGAAAUAGCAGAACACGAAGAAAUAUCAAUUGAAGUAGACAGGCAGCGAAAUAGGUUCCGAGCAGCAGAGGCAAUAGCAGAGGCAAGAACUGCAGCCGAGCAAGGAGAUCUCAUAGGUGCUGUUUCAAUCCUUGAAAAUUGUAGAAGGGUAUCAUCCGAUACUGUUUCCGCCAAAUCCCAUGACCGACUUUGUGUCGCAUUGGAUGCGGAGCUCAAGGAAAUGGAAGAGAGGAUGGCGAGCAGGCAUGUAUACGAGGUAUCUGGGCGAGCAUAUAUCCUUUCCGGGCUGAGUUCGCACUUGUGGCAAAGAGCCACUGCAAGAGGCGACUCCACUGAUGGUUCGAGCCUAGUCCAGGCUUAUCAAACGCCAUCAAUGGUUGAGAUGCUAACUCAAUCUCAAGCAAUGUUAUUGAAUAGUCCAUCAACACAGAAUCUUUUCCAACCACUAUGGUCAUCACAACCAAAACCAAGGUAAUAUUAUAGGUUCAAAGGCAAAAAAAGUACACCUAUGUUACUCCGAGUACCUGCGCCUUAAGAAAAUGUCCGACACUCAUAUUCGACACUUUUGUUAGACGUAUAUCUGGAUGACCAUGACAAUGACGAAUAUCCAACACUUAUGGUUUACACCCGAGUUCGAGUAAACAUAGCUUUUGUAUCUGUGUUGUGGUGUACAUAAAGAUAUAGGGUGAGCUCUUCACCUAAUAUAUGAUUGGCUGCUUCAUUUAAUAUCGAGCACAUGAGCUCGAUCUCUAUGAUAU